AUGUUUGGUGGCCAGGAACUUCAGAAGCAGCUCGAUGAGGAGAGAAACAAGAAUCGGACUCUCGAGGACCAGUACAAGCAUCGAGUUGCCUCCUUCGUCAAGCGUGAGAAGGCGACCAUGAAUAAGAUAGAGGCCCUUGAGAAGCGGUUGCUCGAGGGUGCAGAGAAUGAUGAGCACAGCAAACGCAUGGAAGCCAUUGGCAACAUGCACAGAAGUGUAAUUACAGGGCUGGAGUGCAUCCAAACCAACACGGCAAAGAUCCUCCAGGAUCAGGAGAAGGACCUGAUGCGAGCCUUCAGAGCCAGGCUGCAGGAGGUCUCCAAGGAUUUGGAGGCUCAACGCAGUCGCAAAGGUGAGCAUUCCACAGAGCAGCAAGCGCACCAUCGAAGGGUGGUGGCUGAAUUGCACAAGACACAGGAGUUGGCUCAAACGUUUGACAAGAAGAACCAGCAGCUGACCGCUGAAAACCAAAAGCUGCAGGAGAAGCUGAGGACGCGUGAGGACGAUCGCCAAGCGCUGCUCCGGGAGCUGGUGCUUUCCAGGAAGGAAGUCCAGGCUCUAAAGCAGCAGCAGCUGGCAGGGAAGUCGGGGACUGCCCCUCGCCUGAAAGCUGUUUUGACCUUGUUCUACACUGGCAGGCGCAGCUUCUCACAGAAACAGAUUGAUCAAGCGAGGCUGCAACAGACGCACAACAAGCAGUAUGAGAGAGAGGUAGCUCUCAGAGAGGCAGCGCUGAAGCUAAAGCGAAUGGUGGAUGCAGAGCGGCGGACGGUAGUGGCAUUGAAGCAGCAGCAGGCUGAUAUGUUGCAGCAGAGGACGGAAUUGGAGGUCCUGCUUCGACAGAGCCUGGAUGACGUGAAGGCAAGGCCAUAG